AUGUCGCAAAAAGAGGACGACCUGGCCUAUGGCCGCUAUUAUGAAUCCCAGCGUGGCUCUGGUGGUGACAGUUCUCGUGGAUUGAGCGACACCUUUAAGAAGCUGAAGGAUAGCUACAAGACUCACCAGAGUUCCGGUCAGAGCCACGGUCAGCCCGGAAACCAGCCACAAAAUUCACAGAAUCAGAAUCAACCCCCAUAUGGUUAUAGUACCAACCAAGGUCAAACUACAGGCCAGUACCAGCAGCAACCGGAGUACCAGGGCCAAAGCCACAGCCAAAGCCAAAGCCAGGGCCAGGGUCAGGGCAACCAGUUCCAUGGACGCCCCCAAAAGGAAGAUAAGAUUGGAGGGUUCCUAGGGAAGAUCCAAGGCGCAGUGACAGAUCUGGGCACCGAAAUGGCACAGAAGCUUGGCAACACCAUUGAUCCUCAAGCCUAUGCGCAUUACGGCGCAGUCAAGCCCACCGCUGAGCAACGCUUUGGAAGCUUUGCCCCACCCCGAGAGCGCAACGAUGCAAAGUGGUAUGUGGAUGGCUGCAGCUAUUUCUGGGCCGUCUCAAAGGCCUUGGAGAGUGCGCGCGAGUCGAUUUGGAUUCUUGACUGGUGGCUUUCCCCAGAGCUUUACUUGAGAAGACCCCCCGCCAAGAAUGAACAAUACCGACUGGACCGGAUGUUGCAAGCUGCCGCCCAGCGCGGUGUUCGCGUCAAUAUCAUUGUAUACAAGGAAGUCACUCAGGCCCUGACGCUCUCCUCCGCGCACACAAAGCACACCCUGGAGAAUCUGCAUCCUAAUAUUGCAGUCUUUCGACACCCCGAUCAUUUACCGGAUCGUCAAGAGCUUGCCUCGUCAAUCUCCAGCUCCUUCCAAAAUAUGUCUCUGGACUCCGCAAGUCUUGGCAAGAUGUCCAAGGACGCUUUGAAGGGACUGUAUGGUAUGAACGACGAUGUUAUUCUCUACUGGGCCCACCAUGAGAAGCUGUGCUUGAUUGAUGGCCAAACCGCUUUCAUGGGUGGACUGGACAUGUGCUUCGGACGCUGGGACACCCACCAGCAUGCCAUUUCCGAUGUUCACCCGGCCGAUCUCAACGAGAACGUCUUCCCAGGCCAGGAUUACAACAACUCGCGAGUUCUUGAUUUCCAAGAUGUUUCUCACUGGGAGAACAACCAACUCGAUCGGAAGACUAUGUCUAGAAUGGGAUGGUCCGAUAUUUCGGUGAGCUUGCACGGAGGCGUUGUUGAGGAUUUACGCCGACACUUCGUGGAGCGAUGGAACUUUAUCUACGACGCGAAGUACAAGGUUCGUCAGCAGCCUCGAUAUGUCAGACUUGCACUAUAUGGUCGCCCCACCUCUACUGGUCCGCAGUCUGGCUCUGCACCAUCGCAGCAACAGCAGCAACAGACACAGGAGCAACAGAGCCCUUAUCCAUCCGGACAAGCCAGCCCACACGUUCAGCAGCCAUCCUGGCAAGGCGGAGGUUCUACUUACCCGCCUCCACCGGGACAGUCGUCUUCUACUGCGCAGUCCCAACAGCAGCCCCAGAGCUCUGCAGUGUCGAAUCAGUAUCAAACCGGUAGCACACCAACCUACCCUCCACCCCCGGGUCAGGCCCAUCCAAGCCAGAAUCAGCAACAGACUGGAAAUUUCCCUACAUAUCCGCCCCCACCAGGUCAAGAUUCGUCUAGCCAUCAACAGCAGCCACAUAGUCCUGCUCCGUCCUGGCAGUCUGCAUCUGGGAAUACCCCAAACUACCCACCUCCGCCAGGUCAGGCAUCUGCUAGCCCGCAGCCGUAUCAGCAGCAGCAUGCCACUCCUUCUUACCAACAAUAUCAGGCUGGUAGUACAUCAUCCUACCCAUCCCACUCGACCGAGUUGCCAGCCAACACCUCCCAAUCUCCACCUAGCUACUCAGGCCACUCUACAAGCCAAGAUCAUUCUCAAUAUACUUACACUGGUGAUUCCUUCCCGCCACCUCCCGCUGGUCCUCCCCCGAGUCAAUCACCUGCCAGCCAGAAUUAUCAGCCCCACCAGCAGCCCCACCAGCAGCAGCAACAGAACCAAGCACCAUACUAUGCACCUACGCCUACUCAAUCUCCCAACUCGACCCAACAUGCCCAGGCACAGAGCCAAGCACCUUACUAUGCGCCACCACCGACCCAGGAAGCAUCGCAUUCGGGUACCCGUGGAAUCAGCGAUUACUAUCAAGGUCAAGCAGGGGAUCAGGAGCGAGGCUUUGCUCCACGCCGCCUUCGUGAGGAUUUCACGAACUAUGGAAACAACCUUCGGGGUCAAUUGGCCGGCCAAAUCCACACUUAUCAGGAUCGCCUCACCACCUACGGCCGUCCCACUUCGCAGAGCCGUGGCAACAUGUCUUGCCAAAUUGUGCGUAGCUGUGCCAAGUGGAGCAAUGGAACUCCCGUGGAGCACUCCAUCCAAAAUGCGUACGCGGCGGUCAUCAAAAACAGUGAGCACUUCGUGUAUAUUGAGAACCAAUUCUUCAUCACGGCAACCGGUGAUCACCAACACCCAGUGAAGAACACGAUCGGAGCUGCGAUUGUGGAGCGUAUUCUGCGCGCCGCUCGUGCAGGCCAGAAAUAUAAGAUCAUUGUUGUGAUUCCUUCCGUUCCGUGCUUUGCCGGAGACUUGCGUGACGAUGAGACCCUUGGAACUCGCGCUAUCAUGGAAUUCCAAUACAAUUCGAUCAACCGGGGCGGUAACAGUAUCAUGGAAUUGAUUGCCAAGGAAGGUUUCAAUCCCAUGGAGUACAUUCGUUUCUACAACCUGCGCAACUACGAUCGGAUUAACAACGCGGGUCUGUUGGCUGCCGUGGAGCAACAGAGUGGCGUCGACUACGGACAUGCUCAGAGACAGUAUGAUGUUAAUACUGCCGGCCCCGGGGGGUAUGCUCCAGCUCCUGCUCAGACCGCUACUCGCAGUGCCUUCGAUACCAGCGCGCCCUUCCAGCAGUAUCAGCAAGCCGCGCAUCAGGUGCAGGGCGCCAAGGGCUCCGGCUCUGGCCGUUGGGAUAGCGUCAGCUCGUGCUAUAUGCUGAAUGGGGAGGAUAUCCGUAAUGUGCCGUGGGAUGGUCACCCUGAUGCUGAGAUCGAUGCAUUCGUGAGCGAGGAGCUCUACGUGCACUCCAAGGUGAUGAUUGCCGACGACCGACUGGUUAUCUGUGGAUCUGCCAACCUCAACGAUCGCUCGCAGCUUGGUGACCAUGAUUCUGAGAUUGCUGUAAUCAUCGAGGAUUUCACCCCGGUACAGUCCAGCAUGAACGGCAAGCCAUGGACCGCCAGCCGUUUUGCAUCCUCUCUCCGUCGCGAGCUGUUCCGCAAGCACUUGGGACUCUUACCCGCCCAGGACUACGAGCGACCGGACGCCAACUUCGAGCCCGUCGGAGUCCCCAACAACUUCGACUUCGACUGCCCGGAGAGCAGAAUUGUUGCGGAUCCGCUCGCUGACACCGUGCAAAGCAUGUGGAACACCCGAGCUCGCACGAACACCGAGGUCUUCCGCAAGGUCUUCCACGCCGUCCCGGAUGAUAGUGUGCACAACUGGGCCACUUACAAGGAGUUUUAUGAGUACUACUUCCAUGGCGCGGACAAGCAAGCUGAUGGAAAGGACAUGGGUCGGCCAGCCCGAUUCCAGUGGGGCCAUGUGGUGCGCGAUGAUUUCGCCCCUGGCGCAGAGGGAGCUAAGCAGGUCAAAGAACUGCUUAGCCAGGUCAAGGGUACCCUGGUUGAGAUGCCCUUGAUGUUCUUGAUUGAGGAGGAUAUUGCGAAGGAAGGGUUGACUUUGAACGAUUUGACCGAGCCCCUCUACACUUGA